AUGCGUCAGCCGAACGAGCAGAAGAACAAGAAACCCAUUGCCUCCAAGAGGAAAGGAUCUCGGGACCAUCACUCGGAGCAGGACCCUGCCCCGUCGGCCUCCGGAGCUCCUCACCACAACCCAAAGCACGAGCCUGCCCACCGGCCCAGCGAGGAGGAGGAGCGACUACUGCGGUCCGAACCAAAGAGACCCUCACACACUCAUCACCACCACCACCACCACAAACGAACCGAGCACCACGGCACCAGCCAAGCAACGAUGCCGGGGCGUACGUCUCCGGAAACGCAGAGACUACACAGAAGGCAACCGCCCGAAAACAGAGAACAUCAAGAAGAAGCGGAGGAAAGACUUGCAUCGGAAUCUCACCACCACAAUCACUCGCGGCAUCACCAAAGUCGGAGGGGAGGGGAGGAGUACGAGCACAACGAACGCAACCGGACUCACAGGCACCAUCACCAGCAGCAGGAGCAGCAGCAGCAGCAGCAGCAGCAGCAGCAGAAGCAGCAGCACUCAGGCAUGCAGACAAGGAGACAGCACAGCACCGAAAUGCAGCAACAUCAUCACCACCACCACCACCGGGAGCGGGACCACCAGCCGGACCGGGACAGGGACCGCGACCGAGACCGCGACCGGGACCGGGACAGGGACCGGGACAGGGACCGGUGCAAGGACAGAGACCGGGAGGUGAGGGUGAGGGAAAGGGAGGCCCGGCAGUAUCACAGGGAGCCGUACACGCACCGAUAA